GUCGACAAAGUGAACUUGUGUAAUUUGCUAUAAAGCAUAAAUAUUUAUAGUUGCUCGUAGCCUGCUAUUAUGUAAACGAUAAAUUACCAGCUUCCUUGAGUAUUUUUCUCAAACAAUUCUUUUCACAUACGACGAAUUAAAAAAAGUCGACGAACAAUCACGUGAGAAAAAACUCGUAUUAGUGUCAAAAGAAAAGACUAAGAAUGGGAAAUGGCAUGGAUAAGGUCUUACCUGGUUUAUACAUUGGAAAUUAUAAAGACUCACAAGACAAAACUCAACUAGAACAAAACAAUAUCACCCAUAUAGUGUCUGCCCAUGAAAGUGCUAAAGAGACUUUAAAGGGUUAUGAAUAUCAUUGUAUUUCAGUUGCAGAUUUCCCUGGUCAGGAUUUAACACCAUAUUUUGAAGCAAGCACAUUGUUCAUCCAUAAAGCAAGAUGUGAAGGAGGAAAUGUACUAGUACACUGUUGGGCAGGAAUAUCACGCUCUACAACACUAACUAUAGCUUAUAUAAUGGCAGUCACAAAUAUGAACUGGACAGAAAUACUGAAAGGAAUAAAGUGUAAAAGGGCAAUUGUUGAACCCAAUCCAGGUUUCAAAAGACAGUUAAAUGAGUUUGGAAAGUCAAGUGAACUGAUUGCACUGAAGAGAAAGUUAAAACAUGAUUUCAAAGUUGGUUCUUUUGAUGAUGAAAAUUACUUACAGCAAGUGAUCCAGACUACUGCAGAACAAGAGCCAAAUCGAUAUCAAAUGUAUGAUGAAGCAAUCACAGUUGCAGCUAAGUAUUGUGACAGUUCUUCAGAUAGCUAACAAGACCAUGGUGUACAUGAAAUGAUAACUAGGGAAGUUAGUAGUUAAAUAAAAUUGAACAACACUAAUGUAUCCAAUCGUAGCGACAUAAAAUUUUAAAGAGAGAAAGUUAAACCAUGUUGAUAGUUUUUCAUUGUUUUGGCUAGUACACCAUACUUAAAACUCAUAAGACAUGUAAUGUAAUUUUACUUAAAUUUCCAUAUUUUACAAUCAUGUACUUUCAGCAAGAAAAUGUAGAAUAAAUUAAUCAUUUGUCCUCAGUGUGAAAGAUUUUUCAUUUACUUAAUAAAGUGUGUAUCAAUAAUGAA